AUGCCGACGCUAGGACGACGGAAAACAUGGGCAUUCGUCCUCGCUGCCGUUGUUCUCUUUUCCCUCUAUACCUUCCAGCGUCUCAAUGCCAAUGACUUGAGGUUGUUGACGAAUUCCGGGAACACCGGUGCUGGCAUCGCCCCCAAAAUAAAGUCAAAAUGGGCCAAGAUGAAACCCAAGUAUCGGGUUAAGGAUAUGCGAGCCCUCCCAACCGGGCAACCGCUAGCACUGCCCAAAGUGCAGAACGAUUUUAGCCCGGAGUCCGACUCGGACCGUGACGUGCGUCUCAAGCGCCGAGACGCCGUCCUGGCCUCCUUCCAACGAUGCUGGAAAUCGUAUCGCAAGCUUGCGUGGAUGAGCGACGAAUUAACACCUGUCAGCGGGGGCAGACACAACCCCUUUGGCGGAUGGGGGGCUACCUUGGUGGACAGCCUCGACACGCUGUGGAUUAUGGGGCUGAAAGAAGAGUUCGAGCACGCCGUUGCUGCGGCAUCAAAAAUCAACUUCAACAAGGUCCCCAAACACGACAUCAACGUCUUCGAGACCAACAUCCGCUACCUGGGCGGCUUCCUCGCCGCUACGACCUCAGCGGACGACAAGCGCCUACUUACCAAAGCCAAGGGAAGUCGGCGAGCUGCUCUACCGGGCUGGGGCCAAGUCCAGGUCGCCCAUGAUCACGUCCUUCUCGCCGAGAUUGGUUCCUUCUCCCUCGAAUUCAUCCGCCUGUCGAUUUUAACGGGUGACCCCAAGUGGUACGAUGCUGUGCAGCGCAUCAUCGAGCUCCUCCAAGCGCAGCAGCAAACCACGCGCCUCCCAGGCAUGUGGCCGGUGGUGGGUGACGCCCGCAAGGGCGACUUUACCAAGUACCACGACUAUACCCUCGGGGCCAUGGCCGAUUCGCUGUACGAAUACCUGCCCAAAACGUAUGCGCUCGCCGGUGGUCUGCUGCCCAUGUACCGGGAGAUGUACGAGCAGUCGAUGGAUACCGCCAUCCAGCACAACCUGUUCCGGCCGAUGCUGCCAGACGAAAAGGAUGUGCUCGUCUCCGGUUUGGUGAGGUCCCGCGCCGACAAAGACAAAUUUGCCCGCGAGCUACGGCCCGAGGGACAGCACCUCGUGUGCUUUGCCGGGGGUAUGUUCGCUCUCGGCGGAAAACUGAUCAACAACCAAACGCACGUGGAGAAGGGGGAGAAGUUGACCGACGGCUGUAUCUGGGCCUACCAGGCCAUGCCGCUGGGCAUCAUGCCCGAGUGGUUCGAUAUGCUGCCUUGCGAGUCAGCCGAACGCUGCCCCUGGGAUGAGGAUAAGUGGCGGCGGGCAGUGCUGACCAAGGCCGGUCUCGAUGGCGACAUGGAUCCAAAGCAUGGUGAUGAAAUCAUUGCCCACAAGCGGAUCCCGAAGGGCUUUGUUUCCAUUGGUGAUUCCCGGUACCUCCUGCGACCCGAAGCUAUCGAGAGCGUCUUCAUACUCUAUCGUGUGACCGGCCGCAAGAACCUGCUCGAGUCGGCGUGGAACAUGUUCGAAGCCAUCGAGGAGAACACCAAGACCCCGCUGGCCAACUCGGCCCUUGACGAUAUUACCGUCACUGACGGGAAGCCCAGUCAGACAGAUUCGAUGGAGAGCUUUUGGCUGGGCGAGACGCUCAAGUAUUUCUACUUGAUGUUUAGCGAACCCGAUUUGAUCAGCUUGGACGAAUAUGUCUUCAACACGGAAGCGCAUCCGCUGAAGAGGCUGCUCCCGUAA